AUGGAAUUUAAGGGUUUGCUGCAUAUUCUAUAUCUUAUUACGCUACAGUAUGCCUGCUGCUAUGCGGAGAAUUUGGCUGGGGUGAACUGGACGGAGAUUGGGGUAGCAGACGACUACGCAAAUUUCCUGACAAAAAACCAGGAGCUCUACAACGAGUUAUUUGUCGCCCGGGGCUACCGCAACGACCUGGCACCGAUCUAUUUUAGAGGGAACCAGAAUGACUCAAUCCCGAAGUUUGAUGUGCUCAUCUCGCUGCAAUUUAUACAACUCUUAGGGAUGAACGCCCAGUCUCAAAUGGCCAGUAUAUCGAUGGAGAUUGACUACGAUUAUAAGGACGCUCGAUUGGCUUGGAAUCCUGAAAAUUACGAUGGGCUCGAACGUAUUAACGUGCAAUCGACUAGCAUAUGGAUCCCAGCGAAUGGGAUUAGCAAUGCACAGACCCUAGAAGUCGUCUACCCCGAUCAGUUCAAUACCGCUACAAUUUAUGCCAAUGGGACGGUUUCCGUUAGUUUGCAGUAUUAUGCUGAAACGCGCUGCGUGAUGAAUGUAAAAGACUUCCCAUUCGAUGAACAACUGUGCAGCAUCGAUAUGUUCAACAAUGCCUACGACUACCAGUCGAUAAAGCAAUCUGGUGCCCUAUUUACCAAAUAUAAAGAGGGCACUAUUUAUGACAACGGGGAGUGGAGUUUCCAGAACAUUACGGUCUGGUACGAACUGUUUAAUGGGACUGGCGGCGUAAAGUAUGAUUUUGCGAUCCCGAGGAAUACAACGUUUCCGCUGUUAGGCUGGUUCGUCAUCAUCGACGUGGGUCUCGUUUCCCUAGCCUGUGUCGUUUUGGUUACACUACCAUUCGAGGAGGGGCCAAAACCAGAGAAGCCCGGAAUUGAGCGUUCCGGCGUUAGUCUCUGGAUGUCGGUCAUCGUCAGCUGGGUCUACUCCCGGCACUUCUUCAUCUUUUUCAUCUUCCAAGUUGCCAACCUUGCCAAUUUUGUGGUGUUUUUCGCGCAUUGGGAU